GCGGUGCAGGUUUUGCGCAAUCACUUGGUGGCCGAGGUUGAAGCUCUGGAGAUUCUACCGAAUCGAGCGAGACCUGCUGCGCAUUCAACCGAGGUAUGACCUCCAUUCUCUAUAUAUCCAUGCUGUGUGUCCAAGUGCACCCGCCAGGCCAUACUCCCACGUGCGUGUGCCCACGUAGCCACAUGACCAUGUCAACAAGUACCGACCCCAACAACAGCGUGGAGGUGAUUGCACAGCUCAAAGCCUGGCUACAGGGCCACGGCGUGUCACUUGACCACUUUGGCAUUCACUACUACGGCCCUGACCAAGGCCAUGGUGUGGUUGCUGCGAAAGCCUUUGUCCAAGGCGAACACACACUGGACAUUCCGUUUCGCUUAACCAUGAACGUCCACUCGGCGCUCUCGUCCGACUUGGCGCCAUUGUUCGCUUCCGAAGCCGGCACCCUCGCCGACGUCGAAAUCCUCGCGCUUCAUCUCAUGUAUGAAAAGCACAAAGGUUUCGCGUCGUUCUGGGCUCCGUUCAUCCGAAGUUUGCCCACAACGUUCGACACUCCCAUCUUUUGGAACGACGACCAGUUCGCGGCGCUACAAGGCACCAAUGUAUCGUUACUCGCCGCCAUGAUGAAGCAGCAGAUCGUCGCCGACUACACGUCAGUCCAUUCGCCGCUGUUUCAAAAGUACCCGGCGCUGUUUCGAACGCCGUCUCCUACCAUGCAAGAGUAUAAGUGGGCGCUGAGUGUGAUCUGGUCCCGCGCGUUUGGCAUUACCAGGGGCGGCGAGUACCUCCAGGUGCUGUGUCCAGCCAUGGACAUGUUCAACCACGAUGUGCUGCUGAAUCGCCCGCUCGACGACUUUAUUGUAUUCAACGAGCAAGCGCAGACGUUGUGCCAUCGCCUCCAUGUCGAUUGCGUGGCCAAUACCCCGUUGAACAUUUGCUACGGGCCGUACUCAAAUGCCAAGCUGCUGUAUUCGUACGGGUUUGUCGUGCCAGGCAACCACCGCCGCGGGAUUGAUUUUUGGGUCAACGUGCCCACCAACGACCGAUAUUACAAGCUCAAGAAAUCCCUUCUUGACUCGAAUCCUUUGACAGCCCAUCAAACGUACGACUUCGACGGGACGCUUCUGGGCCACACGAUUUCUGAGCGACUGCUCGCCAUGGCCCGGAUUGUGCUCAUGCAGGAAGACGAAAUUCAUGCCCGCAACAACGCGUUCCACCAAGCGAUGAUCUCCCGCCGCAACGAAAUUGCCGUAUACGACAGCCUCACGAUUGCGUGUCGCCGCAAGUUGCAAGCGUUCACCACGACUCUCGACGAGGACGUGGCCCAGCUUGAAGCCAGUGCGUUGUCCCAUCAACUGACGUUUGCAUUGCAAGUGCGGAUCGAAGACAAGCAAGUUCUAGAGCAAUCCAUCGCGACGCUGGCCAAGUGGAAAGCGUACCUACUGGACCACCCAACCGACUCACUAGUGUACCCCCCCCGGGACUGCCCCGUGUAACUCGACCACGAUAAGACCACUGUCGUUGGUGAAUAUAGUGUGAUGGUGAUGCACCUCA